AAAUCAUUUUCAAUACUUAUAAUUGGAACAAAAUAGUAAAUCAUAGUACAUAUCCUAUGUUAUAUAAAAAUAACUUAUAGAAUUUUUUAUUUAUUAAUCUUAAUAUUUAACUUUAAACUUGAGAAAAAUAAAAUCAUAUAAAUGUAAUUUAUUACCAUUACAUUUAUUUUCUAUUUGUGAAACAUGUAAUGUUUCAUUAAUUGUACUUGACAAUAACAGAAGUAUGGAAAAUCAAAUUCAUUCUGAAUUAAUUGUAAAAGAAGAAGAAGAAGAGAGAGAACAGAAAUGUAACACUCCUACUACUGAAACUAAAACUAGUGUUCGUAAUGGAGUAGAAUCAACAAUUGGUAUCAGACCAAGACCACUGAUUUGUAAACCAGAAAAUGUAAAUAUUGGAUGUAAAUCUGAACCGAUAGAAACUAAAUGGCACUGGGCUCCUGGAGCAUGGCAAGAUGCUACAAGAACCAGUGCCUUUCAACCAUAUAAGCCACCUACUUUGCUCACUAAUUUACAAAGAGGUAAUACGCAAACAGAAAUACCUCAACUUUAUGGUGAUAGCGAUAUUACAUUUCAUACAUUAGCUGGUCAAGGUGAACUUACACCUGAACAUAUACAUCCAAGUACAGUGGAUGCACCAGAUGAAAAAGGUUUAACUGGUCUAAUGUGGGCUGCAGGAUAUGGACAGUUAGGUAGUGCAAGACAACUACUUAAAGCUGGUGCUAACAAAAAUUAUCGUGGUCUCAAUGGAGAAACACCUUUACAUUUGGCAGCUGCUUAUGGACACCAUGACCUUGUAAAAUUAUUAUUAAAUCAUGGUGCUGAUUCAAAUGCAAGUGAUGAGGAGGGGAAUACACCAUUGAUAUAUGGAGCAUAUGGUGACCAUCCACAUGUCUGUUAUGAAUUGUUAUCGAGAGGGGCUGACAUUACACGUCGUAAUAUUUAUAAUAUAAGUGCUUAUCAUGCAGCAGUAUUAAAUAAUUCAUCAACUGCUAAAGCAGUUAUUGAAAAUUAUUUAAUACAACAAGUCGUAAAUGUACCAUCUGACAUUUUACAAUAAAAUAAUGUAAAUAAUACAAAAAUGUAAUUUAAG